UUCUUCUAAGUACAGACAGAUAUUCUUCUUUUUUUUUUUUGGUUUCUUUUUUCUUUGUUACUUCUCUAAGUCACAUACACAGACUCUCUUUCCCAUCUCCAUCAGAAUGUCAAGCCCCUCGUUCUUGCAGCUUCUUGUGGUAAGUUUAGCAAUAGCAGGAGGAAUAGUAGGAGUCUGCAAUGGUGGUAAAUAUAGCAGAGAUGACUUUCCGACUAACUUCAUUUUUGGUUCCGGAACCUCUGCUUAUCAGGUGGAGGGAGCAGCAAUGGAAGAUGGGAGAACACCAAGCAUCUGGGAUACCUUCACUCAUGCUGGCGGUGCCGGGGGAGCCACUGGAGACAUAGCUUGUGAUCACUAUCAUAAAUAUAAGGAGGAUGUACAACUCAUGGCUAACAUAGGCCUGGAGGCCUAUAGAUUUUCCAUUUCAUGGUCAAGACUCAUCCCAAAUGGAAGAGGUCCUGUCAGCCCAAAGGGCUUACAAUUCUACAACAGUCUUAUCAAUGAACUGCUCAGUCAUGGAAUUCAACCACAUGUUGCAUUAUUCAAUUUUGAUCUACCACAGGCACUUGAAGAUAAGUAUGGAGGAUGGAUUAGACGAAAAAUUGUGAAAGACUUCACUGUGUAUGCAGAUGUGUGCUUCAGAGAGUUUGGUGAUAGAGUUCAGUAUUGGAGUACUGUGAAUGAGCCAAAUGUGUAUGCUCUGGGAGGUUAUGAUGCAGGAGAUACACCGCCUCAACGAUGCUCGCCUCCGUUUGGAAAGGUAAACUGCACCAGAGGCAAUUCCUCUACCGAACCAUACUUAGCAGCUCAUCAUAUCUUGUUGGCUCAUGCAUCGGCUGUAAGAUUGUAUAGGGAAAAAUAUCAGGAAAAGCAACGUGGAUUUAUAGGGCUAUGCAUCUAUGCGUUUUUGUACAUUCCUCUUACAGACUCAAAAGAAGAUGCCUUGGCAACUCAACGUGCCAAUGAUUUCCUUAUUGGCUGGUUUCUUGAUCCACUGGUGUUCGGAGAGUAUCCCCGAAUAAUGAAGGAAAAUGCAGGCUCCAGAAUUCCAAGAUUCACAAAAGCAGAGUCCAAAAUAGUUAAGGGUGCAUUUGAUUUUAUAGGAGUAAAUCAUUAUAUGGCUAUGCAUGUUGGUGACAACUCUAGCAACAUGGCAUUAGAACAUAGAGACUACUUAGCAGACUCAGCAACAACACCAGUUGAUACAAAACGUUUGAUGAGCUUGGAGGUUUUCAUUACACCUUGGACUCUAGAAGGAGUGCUCAAGUAUUUGAAGGAAGUUUAUGGGAAUCCACCUAUAUUUAUUUAUGAGAAUGGUCAACGAAUGCUACACAAUUCAUCACUAGAGGAUACACCGAGGGUGAAAUAUAUGGAAGCUUAUAUCGAAGGUCUGUUGAACGCAUUGAGGAGUGGAUCGGACACAAGAGGGUAUUUCACAUGGUCAUUCUUAGAUGCAUUUGAGCUACUUGAUGGCUAUAAGUCCAGCUAUGGGUUACACUACGUUGAUAUGGAGGAUCCAGAAAUGAAAAGAUACCCAAAACUCUCCGCUCAUUGGUAUUCUGACUUCUUAAAGGGUAAAACCGUUGGUUCAGGAUCAAAAGGACUUGUAUCAGUUACUCCCAAGUUGGUCUCCUUCCAGUAAUUAAGUUUAGUGUAUAAUGUAAAAGUAUUGUGGUGGUAUUUUGUUGAAAGACUUCAGAAAAACAGAGUCCAUCUUCUUUUUGCUAUGGAAACCAAAGUUCAGAGCUGAGUGUUAUUUCUAUAUAUUGACUUUAAAUAAAUAAGAUUCAACAAUGAGAUUUUAAAUUA